AAAUGUUCCAACUCAACCUAUCUCAAUCUUUGCCUCAUAACUUAUUGCUGUGUCGAUCAUGACCGUUUCAAUUUCAUUCCCUAAAAAACCUGAUCCUCGCUUUGCCUUCUCCUCCUGUGCUUCUUCCGUGAAUGAAUGAAACUUUUUUUUUUUUUAUAAAUAAAUCAACAAACAAUCCCAAACUCAUUUCAUCAACCUAAUUUGCUUCUUCUUCCAUGGACUUCAAGCCUUCGUUCAUCAAUCUCUUUCUUCUUCUUCUUCUUCUCGUCUUCCUCGCUCAGCCUCGCUUUUCAAUAGGUGGGUCGAUGGAGAUGGGUUCAACAUCAGAAUCAGAUGUUUAUGAGAUUGAUUAUAAAGGACCAGAGACACACUCUUCAAUUCCUCCACCGGAUCAUUCUUAUCGUAAGAAGCCUAUGAUUCAUCGUGAAAGGGCGGUGGCGUUUCCCAAAUCCAACGGCGCAAAGGGUGGCAACACACUAGCAAAUGGAAGGAAAAUUCAUGGGUAGACAAGUUUUGGAAGCGAAUUUGAUUUUAAUUUUUGUUAAAAUUAAUUUAUAUAAUUCAGUUAUCCUCUUUAUAGAUAUCUAAGAUAAAAUGUAAAUGCUAGAG